CAUCCUAUGUCCUUUCUCACUGCAGCCCCCAGGUUCCCUCCAAGGAAGCCUAUCGUGCAGCCAUGGUGCUCUCUGGCUCAGGGGAUGCUCUCGGCUAUCGCAAUCAACGUUGGGAAUACUGCACCUCUGGGCCUCAGAUCCACCAGGAGCUCCAGGAAAUGGGGGGACUCGACCAGGUCUGUGUGGCUCUCCCUGACUGGCCUGUUAGUGAUGACACUGUGCUGCACCUUGCUACCGCUGAGGCCCUGGCCACUGGGAAGAAUGGAGAGCCUCUGCUCCAAGAACUGGCCAGCUGCUAUGUUGAAGCCAUGAAGGAUAUGGAGGGGAGGAAGCCAGGUCCCACAAGCAUUCUGGGAACGUCCCAGUUGCGCCCUGGGGAGCCAGGUGGAUAUCGCAUUCCCUUCAACCCGAGUGCAACAGGUUGUGGUGCUGCCAUGAGGUCCAUGUGCAUUGGGCUCAGGUACCCACAUCCUUCAGAUCUGACCACUUUGGUCAAAGUCAGCGUAGAAAGUGGGAGAAUGACACAUCACCAUCCCACAGGCUAUCUGGGGGCCUUGGCUCCUGCCCUCUUCACUGCCUUUGCUGUGCAGGGCCUCCCCCUUGAAUGUUGGGGGUCAGAGUUGCUCAAGACUCUGCCCCUUGCCUUAGAAUAUAUCCAGAAUGCUGCAGCUGAGACGGAAUCAAAUGUAAGUGCGUGGCCCUAUUUUCAGGAGAAAUGGGAGUGGUACCUCUCGGAGCGGGGUCUUGCCAGUGGCCAGGGCCCUGCCCGUUUUCCUCCUGCUUAUGGCCCUGCUGAACGAGAUGACAUCUACAAAACGUUCAGUUUGGAUGGCUGGGCUGGGCGGAGUGGUCACGAUGCCCCCAUGAUUGCCUAUGAUGCUCUGUUGAGUGCAGGGGACAGUUGGGCGGAGUUGUGCAGCCGGGCCAUGUUCCAUGGUGGAGACAGUGACUCUACAGGGGUGAUUGCGGCAAGCUGCUGGGGUCUCAUUCACGGAUUCAGGGGGGUCCCAGAGGGAAACUAUCGGGAGCUUGAAUAUCGAGACAGGAUGGUGACUGUGGCUGAUCAUCUCUAUGACCUCGCUUGGGGACAGAAACGUGUCUGAGAGCCAUCUGGCAUCCCCGACUCCUAGUGGAAGAUCUGCUCUUUGUAGAAUAAACUAGAGCUGUAUUUACAAA